AAGGCGGGUGUUCUGGGCGUCGUGGCUCCGCCCCCUUGCAUUUACUUCCGUCAAUAUUUCCAGCGCAGGCAGGCAGAGGAGAGAAAACAGAGACAGACUGCAACAAAGGAGUCGAUUGACUUCAAAGGAGUCUGGAGGGGGAUCUGCCCUCUCUGCCCAGUCCCUCCCCAGCUAAAAUGCCUUUCCUGGGCCAAGACUGGAGGUCUCCGGGUUGGAGUUGGACAAAGACGGAGCACGGCUGGAAAAGGAUGGUGUACUUUGGACAUGAACUAGAGGACAACAACAGAGAGAUAAGCCUAACAGAGCUCUGCGGCGACAACAACGAUCAUUUGUUUGUGGGAGAAGUGUGCGAGUUCAACUCCGCCAAGAGGAAAAAGGACUUCUACAACAACAACACCAAAUCCCAGUUUGUUUUCCGUGAUAAAUGGAUCUACGUGCAGAAAGGGAGCACCAAAGAGCGCCAUGGAUACUGCACACUCGGUGAGGCGCUCAACCGUCUCGACUUCUCCAGCGCCAUCCAGGACUUGAGGAGAUUCAACUACGUGGCAAAACUUUUCCAGUUAAUAGCCAGAUCCCAGCUGCCAUCUUUGAGCGGAGCUGCCCAGAAAAACUAUUUUAACAUUCUGGAGAAGAUUGUGCGAAAGGUGCUGGAAGAUCACUACAAUCCACGCCUCGUCAAGGAGCUCCUGCAGGACCUAAACUCCACUCUGCACAGUCUGACCAUCCAUGUUGGCAGAUGCGUCCUCGUCGGCAACGUCAAUAUCUGGGGUUGCCGCCUGGAGACCAUCGUCAAAUGGCAGCAGGAGCUCAACAACCUAGAGAUCCCCAAGCAAAUCUACAACGGGAUGUCAUUUAGCGACUUGCCUUUACACAUGCACGACAAGAUCCUCUACAACCUAUCCGAUGCCUUUGACAUCAUAAAUUUGGGACAAGCCACGCCCACCCUGCAAGCCCUCAGCGAGAACAGGACUCUGUGGAAAAAACUCUGCCACUUCCACUUUUCUGAUAAACCGUUUUGUCGGAGUUUGGCCGUAAACAAGAGCGACAACGUGGACUGGAAGUUGAUGUAUUUCAGUUUGCUGAAGCACUACCCCAUGAAGGAGCAGUACGGCGACACGCUGCACUUCUGCAAACACUGUAGCAUCCUGUUUUGGAAGGAUCGCAGUGUGGCUUUGUUAUUCAAGGACUUCGACCAUCCGUGUACCGCCAGCGAUCCGGACAGCUGUCUGAUGCCCGUCUCUCCGCAGCACUUUAUCGACCUCUUUAUGUUCUAAACUCCAUUUAUUUCAUGUCUAACCUCUUCAACCCAAAUCCAAAGGGCUCUCGUUUGUCUUGUUUUUUUAGCCCCAUAAAUCCAUUGCGAAGAGCGCAUGAGGUUUGUGUUGUUCAGAGAAUUCGCCCUGGGAGAAUAAACUAUGUAAAUAAUUUAUAUGUGAAAGAAAACAUGUUGUGAGUAAAUAUGUGCAAUAAGACUUAUUUAUAAGAAGGCCAAAAAAAGUAACUAUUUGAUUAUAAAUGACUUUCUGAUGAGUGUAUUUCCAAAGCAGAUCCUGUCUUAGUGUCCCCACUGAGUAAGAAUGAAAAAAAUAAACAUUUUUCUACUUUUGUCCGAAGUGAAAAACAUUAUUUAAGAUGUUUUUUUUCCAAUUUUUUAUAUUAUUCCUUUAGCAUUCCAGCAGUUUUCAUGGUACUAUCUCGACUUACAAUAAAACCUUUUUGAAAUUCUGA